UUUAGAUUCGCGAUUUGAAAUACCUAGUGUUAGUACGAUAAAAACAACAAUUUUUAACUCUUAUACUUGGACAACUAAACAACUUACGGAUCUUAUUUCAAAAACAUCAGAUACUAUUUCAUUAACUUUGGAUAUUUGGACAUCGCGAGCACAUGAUAGUUAUCUUGGAAUUACUUGUCAUUGGCUUACAGAUACUUUCGAGUUAUGUGAAACUAUACUUAAUAUUGGAGAACUUAAUGAGCAUUAUACAUUUGAUAUUGUCGAAUCUAUUAAUUUAACGUUGGAAAAAUUUAUUAUUGAUAAUAAGAAGGUUUUUUCAAUUACAACAGAUAAUGGUGCAAACGUUAAAGCAGCCAUACAACAAAUAGGUAUUACGAAUGUAAUGUGUACCGGUCAUACUCUUCAAUUGAGUAUAAAUUUAGGUCUAAAAAAUGUUCAAGAACUUCUUUCAAAAUGUAGAAUACUUAUUUCUAUAUUGUCAAGAGAAAAAAAAAGAAAACAACUUCGUGAAGCUCAACUACAAGUUACACCAGGACUUAAAGAACCAUUAGAUAUUAUCAAAGAUGUAGAUACACGGUGGAAUUCAACUUUUUAUGCGAUCGAACGAUUGGUACAUUUAAGAUCGGCAAUUAUGCAACUUCAUUCAACUCUUAACAAUCAUACUAUUCAAGAGGUUAGAAAAGAAGCCGAAACUUUUAAUUCUGCAAUGCUUACAUUGGAAGAAUUUGAAUUAUUAGAAGAACUCAUUGAAAUUCUUUCUCCUUUCGAUGAAGUAACACAUUUUUUAAGUGGCUCCAAAUAUCCAACACUUGGUUUUAUGACACCGAUUCUAGAAGAACUUGCACGUCGACUUAAAUUUUUUACUGGACAAAAAGAAAAAGCAAUUCUU